UCUAGUUUGCUGGAACCUGCUUCUCGAAGUCAAUUUCUCUCUCUAGACUACCUCUCGUCUCCGGUCGCAGACGUGGAUUUCGUCUUCGAAGACUGGAACCCUAAACCCCAUUGCUUGCGAUACAAUUGUAUUUAUUGUUCAUAAGAAAUCCAUUAUUAUGCUAAACUGAUUGAGAACCAGACAUUACAAGAAACCCCGAUCACAUUACGGAAUCAUCGGCCUUCAAUUCUGCUAACUAAAUGUAUAGAUCUGGAGCAAUAAUGGCUUGGAACGUGUUUAGGUUUUGUACUGCCCUUCGAGGUCUUGGCUCGAUCAUGAUCUUGUUAGUCCUCGGCGUCGUCGGAGUCACCUACUACGCUCUAGUCCUUUCCAAUUAUGGUCCCGCUCUCUACGACGGCGGCUUGGGUUCUGUAACUGCAUUAUCUGUCUUGAUCUUGUUCCAUUUUCUGUUGUUAAUGCUAUUAUGGAGUUAUUUCACUGUUGUCUUCACUGAUCCGGGUAGCGUACCACCCAAUUGGAGGCCUGUGUUGGAUGAGGAGAGAGGCGACGCCAAUGACGACGAUUCUGAACCAUUGAAUGCUUCUGAAUACUACAAUGGGGGUAGUGUCCCUGCAGAUGCAACGAACCCUAGGAUUCGGUAUUGUCGAAAGUGCAAUCAUCUGAAACCGCCUAGAUGCCACCAUUGCUCUGUUUGUGGGAAAUGCGUGCUGAAGAUGGAUCACCAUUGUGUAUGGGUUGUGAAUUGUGUUGGAUCAUUAAACUACAAAUACUUUCUCCUUUUCCUGUUCUACACAUUUCUGGAAACAUCUCUCGUGUACUUGUCGCUGCUGCCACAGUUUAUAGCGUUCUUUACUGACGAAGAGAUAGAAGGGACACCGAGUAUGCUGGCCACAACUUUUCUCGCAUUUGUGUUAAAUCUAGCUUUUGCAUUGAGUGUAUUGGGGUUCUUGAUUAUGCAUGUAUCAUUGGUUGCUGGUAAUACAACCACCAUUGAGGCAUAUGAGAAGAAGACAACGCCCAAAUGGCGAUACGACCUGGGAAGGAAAAGGAACUUUGAACAGGUAUUUGGGACAGACAAGCUAUAUUGGUUCAUACCAUCAUACUCUGAAGAAGAUUUGCGGCGAAUACCUGCACUUCAGGGGCUUGAGUUUCCGUCCAAACCUGACUUGGAUGCUCAGGAAUUUUGUUGACUGGGGUUUCAUUUCAUUUUCACACUAUAGCAAACAAGCGAGAAUAGGAUUCUAUUGCCACAUGAACUAUACAACUUUUCAAUCUGUAUCUAGGCCAAGAGGGGCAGCCACAGCCCGAGUUUGCUGUAGUAGGUUUACUGAAAAUGUAGCAUAUUGAACUUAAUGUCUGGUUGGUUACAAUUGGUGUAUAAUAAUGUGCCAUUCAUUCAUACUCUGA